UUCUGCUCAACUUGCCUCAUCCAUCCUACCGGAAUCUGCCCAUUCUGUCUUUCUUCUUUCCGUUUCCCUACAUCGUGGAGGAAAUUGGUAUUGCCUUGAACCUGGAGAACAUCAUCUUCGAGCACCCACAAAGACCGCAGCAGCUACGGCGUCAGCAACAAUCAGGUCCAAACAGAUUGGCUAGAGCACUUGGUAUGGCCAAAACCUUUCUGAAAGGACUGCCUCAAGGAGAAGAGGACUGGGACAAUGAAAAGCCAUGGACACAAGCGGAUGUUGACAUGCUGCACAAUGAGCUGGUUUUGAGUAAAAAUUUCCCACAAAGAGCGUGCUCAGAUGGAUUCCACGGGGCUUCUCCAGAGAUUCGCAGAGGAGCACGCCGCUUCGCUCAAGGGAAGGGAAUCGCAAAUACAUACUUUUGUCUUUAUUGCCCUGGGCGAAGUGGCGAUUGGGCCUAAUCAUCCAGUGAGGGCGGUUAACGCAACGACAAAGAAAUACACAGGCGCCAGUGAUUCCGCAAUCAGGGCGAUGAGACUCAGCGUCCGAAGAUGGAUUAAAGCCGCAGACCUUCUCCAGGAGAGGUGGCUUCCACGAGCUCACGAGCUACCGCGACGUCGCAAGCCUUUUAUGCAUGCGAUGAAGAGAUUCUCGGACAGGGAUAUCGCCAUUUUUGGGGAAAUGAAGAUCGAUGGAGAUCAUGCGAUACUCGAUGAGGUCAGGGUCUAUAUCCCACGCAAACAGUUGUCCUCGGCCUCACUCCGUCUGCCUAAUCGUAUUCACGAACUUCAUGGGGGAAACACAAAUAUGUCUCCUGGCGUGCUUCACAGACACUGCUGACUUGAAAGUCUGCUUGAGAUUGAACGCUGUCUCACUGUUUCCGACAAGGGCGACGUCAACCCUAAUCCAACUAAUUACCCGCCCACCAGCCACGAUAUGAUGAUGAUUAUGAAAGAGUCAGUCCCGUCUACCUUAGCUUUAGUACAUAAAUAGCUAGAGAGAAUUUAAUGUGACGAGCGCCAGCUACAAGUGCUCCACUAAAGUACAACUCUUGAUUAGGCUCCCACUCUGUUGCUCCGACAAGGUACCUCGAGUCCGGAUUUGGAAAUUCGCCGUAUACUGCGACAAGAGAACGGCACGUCCCAAGUAUCCUUCUGAUACCCUCGCGUCAUGGCCUACCGAAAGUUGGAAUGCCUGCGGCUCCCGCACUCUUCGCCCGAUGUUUGCAUUCCUCAACAUGGCCA